CGUACAUUAAAAGGCAAAAAUAAACCAAAAGUUACAUAUAAUACAAUUACUAAAAAAUUUGAACCUAACAAUAAUCCUUCAAAUAUUGAAACAGAAUUUUCUGAAUCAGAUAAUGUAAAUAUUAAUGAUAGUGUUCACUCCGAUGAUAAUUUAUCUAAAUCUAUUGUUUAUCCUGCAAAAUGGCCAAAAGGAGCUAAAAAUUGGGUGUGGCAUUAUAUUCAAAAAGGAAUUCAUGAAGAGCAAAGCAAAUGUCUUAUCAAUACAAGUGAUGGUAUUUAUGGUCAUCUGCGUACUGAACAUCAAAUUAAUAAAAAUACUGCAAAAUUACCAAAUCUAGCCAACAUUUCUACAGGAAAAGUUUUAAUUCAAUCAACAAUUCCUUCUUCAUUUAAAAUUGCAAAACCUUAUAAUGAUAGAACACAAAAUGAAAUAGAUAGAGAUUUAGUUAAUUGGAUUGUAGAAAAUUUACAACCAUUUACUAGAUUAAUUUUUAAUAAUGUUCAAGAAUUGCAACAAUUGCUUACUCAACUACUUCAUGAUACUAUUAUUUCAAUUUCACCUAAUUUUGAACUUCAGCAAGCUCUUUUAACAAUUGAAGAAAUCCCUUAUCCUCAUACUGGUUUAAAUAUUGCAGAAAAACUUGCUAAAACAUUUGAUCAUUAG